AGUCGAACGAUUGCCGCUAAGUUGACUGCACUUUUUGUUGAUUGUCGCAAGAUUGGAAAUUGGAACGGAAUUUGGAAAAGGAUCAGUACAAACAUGGCUUUAAAAUUGAUGUCCGUUACGUUGGGCAUCCUGCAGUUGACUGCGGCGCUGCCAACAAUACUGCAAGACCUGGAGAUGGCUGAUGACACUAUGUCAAUAGGAUCGUACAUACGAGAAGCUAGGGCCGCCCCGCCAGAAAACUUUCACAGAUCAUAUGAGAAUGAAGGUGAUGGUGAAAUAGGGUAUUCGAGAAAGAAGUCUGGUGGUGGUAAGAAAGGCUACCAGCAUUUCAACUCAUACCACAAGAAGGCAGGCGAUAACUACGAAUUCGAGAAGCAGGACUCAUUCGGUCACGACGACGAGGGUCAAGCGGGGGCUCACAGCCACAACCAUGAGACAAAAGCUCAGAAAUAUCGGGAACCUGAAGCUGAAGACGUCGGUCACGACGAGGAGAAGAAACCAGCCGAAACAAACAACGGGAGACAUCAUGAAGAGCUAAAAGAGGGCGCUAGCGAUGGCAACGGCGGCACAGAAUCUUUCGGUCAUGAUCCCAAUGACUACAUACUUCCUGAAAAAUAUACGUACGGAAGCGGAGAGGAAUAUAAUUUUUAGAUUAUAGAGAUACUUCAGACUGAUAGCGCUUAAGUACUGAAUAUGUAAUAAUUCUGUUUUGUAUGAAACAUGCUUUUCAAUCGCCAUCUUUUGCAACGUGAUGGAAAGGAAUUGAUUUUUGUUAAAAAUAAAGAAAUGAAUGAGAGUUUCUGUAUGUCAUUAUUAAUGUAAAAAUGUACCUAUUUAACUAUUUUUAAAAUUCAAGUUUAAUUUAAUUUGUACCUGCAUAAUACUAUAACAAAAUAGUGUAAUAGUGAAAUUGUUUUUUCAUUACAUUAUUGGAAAUAUAAUUUAAAAAAAACGGUGUACUGUACUUUAAAAUAGCAAAUUUUUGUUAUUAAGGUGUCAAACAUUACAAAGCAGAAACGAAACGCUUUUGAUGUUAUACGUAGAAUGACAGCACAACAUUUCUGACAAUUCUGACAAAGAGACAUUCGUUGUUUUGUGUUGGAACUGAAAGAAAGGAAUAACUGGCUUUAUUUUAUAAACACUAACAAAAAUUUACGUAUUGCUCGUUUAGUGUAAUGUGAUUAUUUAAAGUCAUAAUGGGGCCAAAUACUAUCGAUAUUAUUGCUGCAUUUACCUUAAAUUUCCUGCAAUACGUUACAUCGGACCACAUCCUGCCUUGUAAUGUGACCGCAAUGGAGCCUUGUAAGGGGAAAAAUGAGGUUUGCGUCCAGAAGACAUUGCAGUGUGUCUGCGAAAAAGGUUUUAUUCGAGUUGGUGACGACUGUGAAGAGCCUAGUGAUGAUACAGGCGGUCCUCACGGUGCCACGGCUGCUAUAGUAUCCAUAUUUACUAUAGCAUUAAUAGUAUGUGGUCUGGUAUUAGUUGUAAGGAAGUAUAAUUUAAUUGAAUAUAUGAGGCAGAAGAUUAAUCAACGAAGAACAAAUGAUGUUAUGUACGAGGACGUCAUGAUAGGUAAUGACGAUCCUCCAUUAAGCCCGUAAUAUCUUGAUAGCUAUUUAAUCUUUGGUUAUUAUUAUAAUAAAAUAGAACUAAGUGUGGAAGUGUGAUGCUGCAGCUUAAACAAUCUAACUAAAUGUAGUCUUAAAAUAAUUCUUACUACAAUAUUCCUUCCUGUGAUUCCUCCUCUCUACUGAAGGUUACCUUUGAAUAUAGCAAAUUAUCUAGAUUUGUUGCUUAGUGAAAAUAAUGCAUUAAGUAAUACAAGCAAUCAUAUUAGGUUACAAUAACUUAAAAAAAUGGUUGUUAAAGACCAAGCAAGGCUGUGCAUUCUGGUAUACAAUAUAAUAUUAUAAUCUGUAAAUCAAAUGACCAUAGCAAUAUAAAUAUUUUUAUAGACUGCUAAUAGGUUUUAAAAUAUAAACACUCAAGAAGUAUUAUAUUUCUCUGUGUUACUUUCUUUUAAUUUCAAAUCACAUUUUAACCAACUAAUAGUCCAACUAUUAAUGUUAGCUAAGCAAUUGCUAAACUAAAACAGUAACAAACACAUUAAAAUUUGUGAUAUCCAUGAGUGUUGGUGACCACUCACCAUUAGGUGGUCCAUAUUUACAGUGUAAAAAAGGAUAUUAGUGUCUGCUUCCUUUAUGACUAUAUUAUGGAUAUUAAAUGGGCAAGUAUAUAAAAAAUAAAACUGCAUAGUUGAUUUUAUUUUAAAUAAUAAAGGCAGAGAAUCUUAAAUAUCUUGUUUUUAAAUGUUGCUCUAAUUUGAAGAGAUAGUGUUAUUAAACAAAGCCAAAUAGGUGGGACAACAUAAGUGUUAAUAAUGGCUUAUUUGGAUUCAGUUCUCAUUACAUUAUAAAUAAUUAUUAUGACAUGGAUAGCUCACAGCUCACUUGGUUUAAAGUGGUUAUUGGGCCCUGUGGCCUCGGUAACCAUGGUUUUAAAAUGGGUAGUGACAAUCAUGUUAAUGUCUAUACUGUGCAGCCAAGAAGCAAGCCAGCAUGCAACAAGUAAAUCAUUGAUCACCUUAGCAAUAUUUUCCUUUAUUCUUAGAUACACAAUAUGUUGUUAUAAAUACAAACAUGCAACUUGUAUAGUUGCACAAUAUUAUUGUUUGACAGAAAAAAUUAAUACAAUUAUUUAUCAAAGGCAAAUAAGACUAAUAUGUAAAUAUGUUAACAAGAAACUUUCCUGCACGACAAUAAUUGAUACAAGUAAUAUUCAUCAUUAUUAAAUUUUAAAUUACUAUCUGGAAGAUGUCUUGUUAAGUACUUGCUAUAUAUUGAAAUUUGAGUAAGCAAAGGUAAGCCUUUACUAUUGGCUAAAUCUAUGAGUCAUAGUGAUCACCUUCGGAGCAAACAUUUGAAAAAACUCUACAUCCAUAAAAAACAUUAAAUAUGUAUGACAUUAACAAACAAGGGUUCAAAGAAUAUAACUUUUAAAGAAAUAAGGAUCUGAUUAGUCUUCUGGUGAAGUAAUGUAAUUUCAACAUUCUUGGUGUACGGAAAUUUUGUAAGCCUGAUUAGAGUUCCAAGUUCGAGGCUGAGUAUAUAUUACACGGGUAAUGCAGUCUAUUAAUAACCUUUAAACGUUGUUAAUAGCUUGAUAAUAUUGAUUGUCGAGUAACUUCAAUGAGAUGUUAAUAUCCACACUUAGUUGUUAUUUUAGUAAUAAUAAAUCUUUAUAAUAUAACGAAAUUCAUAUUUAGUUUAAGUUAAAGCACACAGCUAAUGUUAUUCCACAGAUUUAUAUUUAAUGAAUGUACAUCUUUGUUACUUUAAAUUGAUAUGUAAGUUAGUCUUUAGAUAUAAAUAAAUCAUGAACCACAAAAUAUGGGAAGACAUAUAACAUUAAAAAGACUUGUUUUACAACAGUAAGAGUUUUUGCUUAUCUAAUUAAAUUCUUAGACGCUUCAAAUAUUUAACACAGUCAUAAUAUUUAAGAAACAUCAUCUAUUAAUGUAAAAUAUUGUGCUUUAGUAAGAAAAGAUAAGUAAUAAGAUUUUUAGUUAGCAGAAUCAAGUAUUACGGUACAAUAGUAUACAAUCAGCAAAAUCAAAAAAAUUGUGUAGUGUAUUAUAUUUUAAGAAAUGACUGGAUGCAGUGGUGUUAAAUACUAAAGAUUUUAAUAACGUUUUCUCUGCUAUUGGCAAUUUCAAAUAUGUAAUUUCAAUUUCUGCUAAAAUAAAGUAAGUAAAAAUUUUUUUUUCGGAUAUUUUUCAAAAACAACUUGCUGUGACUUGAAUGCAGAAUGUAUUAAAUUUUAAGUUUAAAGGUUGUAAUAAUUGAUUCGAAAACAAUGGCAUGUUAGUGAUAUGGUUCUCUCAGCUUGUUUAGUGACGCAGUCAAUAUAAACUUAAGAAAAUUUGCUAGCUUUUAGUUACAUAAUAUGUGUCUUUAUAUGUAUAUUGUCUAUUAUAGAUGUUAAAGUUAAACAUAAAUUAUAUAUUUGACAUUUCAUUUUGCCUUUACACCACAAUUACAUUGUAAAUUAAUUUAUUUUACAAUAAGUGUUUUAACUACACUCUUAAGACACAACAUAUAGCGGAACACUAUGCUCAUUGAGUCAGCUCUUUAUUCCACCAGUUCUGUCUCCUUCGAAUGAUUUCGCAAGUCGUUUCGUUUGCAGUUCCAAUCCUGUCCAGGUUUAUUAGUCGAGGCCAAUAUACCUGCAGUAGCAGAACCACUAUUGGGAAUGGGCUCUACAGUGGCGUAACGAUCUAAGUCGCGUCCGGGGCACAAUACCUUUUAGUGAUUUAGACUAUUGGUGUUCCUUUUUUUCCUUUUUAUUUACGAAUUAAUAUUUAGAAUGUAACAGUGGCGCUAAAUUUAAAAUAUAUUUUGCAGAAAUCAAUUAUAAUCAAAAUAAAAAUUAUCCAACAACUUUUGUUUUGUGGACCGUUUAGCGCAGCUUUGUGAGGAGCGCCCUUCUUGCCUCCCCCCCCCCCCCCUCGCUACGGCACUGGAUCUUUGUCAACAAACAAUGCAGAAUUUUCGUAGAGCCAGAUUUUAAUUGUGCCGCCACCUCCACCACACUUUAAUUUAAUUAAUUAUUAUUAACCAAUUUAUUAGAUUGUUUUUUAAGCUUCACGCUCAAUGUUGCCAAAGACUGAUGGAUAAUUUAAAGAUGUAAACUUGGAUAUCGCUUUAAAUGUUACGGGCGAAAUUUGUAGAAACGAUAUUAUCCUGGUUUACCUUAUUACUCAUACCUACCUUAGUCGAUAACUUUUAAAUGUGGGGUGGAUGAAAGUUCCCCUAUUUUAUAGUUAAACAUUGUCAGUUCAGUGAUAGUUAUUGUGCCGGAAAUGUGAUUCAUAGAUUAAUUGACGAGGACCGCUGUUUCAUUUCGCCUACCGGGCCCUAGAUUACAGGACUUUCACAACAAUGAAAAACCGAAGAUUUCUCUCUAAAUUAAGAAUUAGCAUACCUUGUUAGAUUAAAUAAAAUGAUGUGAAAUGAUAUUGUGGAAUACAUCAAUCUACAAAUAUCUCCAUAGUUACAUACAUAUAGCUUUUCGUAUAUUCAUGUUAUUAAGUUUUGUGUAUUUUAUGAAUGAUUUUAUCAUAAAUAUUGUUGUAGUUACUAGACCAUUUGUGAUCUUUCGCGUGUAUCUCAGGACUAACCACUGCAGAUGAACCUUGCACCACCAUAUUAAUAUUUUCUGAAGUCUAAGGAUGGGUAUUCGUCGGUGUUCACUAUCUUUUUGGCGAAAAUGAACUUUACUCUUGUAGCCGAUAAAGUAAAUUAAUGUAAUAAUAGUUUAAAAGUUCCUUUACGUCAGUGUUUCUCCGUCUGAGUUUUAAUAAAACAUAGAGCUGUUGUUAAGGUGAUCAAUUACAGAGAAAAUAAUUGCCUAUAUAAAAUCGAUAUCUCAUAAUUUAUUUACCUACUUGUCAAACUGGCAUAUUAAUGUUUCGAGUUUCUUUUUUAUUUAUAAUUCUGAUAUUUUAAAUUAGGUGUAAGAAUCUUAUUGAAAGAUGUCAAAACACUGACGUAACGUAACCGAUUUCGUUUGCAAACUGACGAAAGUGUAGGUUAUCUGUUUGUUUUAAAAUCUAUCAGACAUUUACAAGAGAAAUAAAUGUUACUAUAUUUUUGAAAUAAAGAUACUCUGUGAUACUGUA